CCUUGCUCUGUGCAGUUUGCUGAUAUUAUAUUGUUGCUUUGCAACUACCGCAGAAAUCACCAAGAGCCUGGAUAUUUUCCAUGGCACAUUCAGGUAAAUUUUGCUUUGCUACUGGUUAGCAUAAUUUCACAGCUUCUUUAGUUGUUGUUCUGGGCUCUGAUGCACAAAAUUCUUAAAAUAUGAAAAAAAAAUCUGUUUUUGAAUAUGUGUUUGUGUGAACACAGGAGUUACUGGAAGGUAACCAUGGAUCAGGCUUCUUGCUCCUGUGGCUUUCAGAGGGAGUCAGGGACACAAAAAUGCUCCAUCAGGGUCUCAUAGCAGUGUGUUGGUUGCACAGAAGUUAAUUAAUCUAAAAAAAGGAGAAAACCAAUUGCCUUUUAGAGUAUUUGCUGCAAAUGGUGAAGGGUACAGUAUCCUGAAGACUUUGUGAGAGCUUUAUGUGCACUUGGUAAUCUUUAUGUGAAUCUGAAUUGCAAAUUACUCUGGAAACCAGUGACAGCUCUGCACUCCUGCUGAACAGACGGCACAGAAUGCCAAUCACAGAUCUCUGGGAAUCAGGUUUUAACAUGCACUGAUUACAUGCUGGGUGCCAUAAGUCCAGUAACUUGGGAUAAUUAGAAUAAUUUUUUUAGAGUUUUCUCUUUUAUAUAUUUAAUAUGGGUUUUUGUUGUGCCCUUGGAAUGUGUGUAUUCAUUUGCAGGUAAUGUACAUUGUUUUUAUUGGUUUGUUGGUUUUAAUUUGUUUACAUUUUGAUCUUCCCAGUGAACAGUUAUUUAAACAACCAGCAGAGACUGUUAGAAAUAUGAAACAGACAUGCACAUCAGGUCAACAUUCAUUCUGCUCAGAGAAAACUAGGAGAGUCAAAAGUAUUUCAGCUAUAUCUUCAUCCCAUAAAAUGGCAGAUUUAAGGUGUUUAGGUUGUACAGCAGGAGGACUGUCCUUGAACAGCAAAACCUUCACCAAGAUGUUGCAGAGAUGCCUGCAUAGGUGUGAGCACCACAGAGUUAUCCUGGAGGCUGAGGAAAGAUACCGAGGGGAGCUCCGCAGGGUGGCUGCUAGUAACAACAACAGAUCUGCAACUCACCAGAGUAUGGAGUUCAUGUUCAGUACUUGGAACCGUUGCUUUAGAAUUGCAUUUAAAAUUCUGAACUUUUGUUUAUUUACUUCUGAUUGUCUUACUGUUUUAAACUCACUCAUUGAAUUUGAUUUACAGUGAUUUGUACUAAGUGAGAUCAGAA